GUUUUUCAGCGGUCUUUCAGAAGUAUACCUAGUAUAGUAUAUAUGUACAUGUGACCCGCGGUUGUCAUGUAAACAACAGAAACUGUAAACAAACCAACGGACCUCGAUCGAUAUAUUUCCAUAAUUCUAGUAAAACCUUCGUGGCUUUCGUACCAGCAGCAGGCUUGGCCUAAUUAAAAAAUAAAUGUCAUAUUUCAAAAAGCCGCGAAAUAAUUAAAUGUCAAAGUGAUCUUCGAAUUAAAGUGUUGUUGUUCAUCAAAUCUUCAAAGUGUGGAACAACGUGGCUUCCUGUAUGGAGAAAUGGUUCGGUGAUAAGCGGUUAUGGUUAUUUGGUAAUAACCUGCCACUGCUGCCGAGGAGGUCUCGCGCCUCCAGCCGAGCGAUGGAACGCUACGAAAAGCUGGCGAAGCUUGGUGAAGGCUCCUAUGGCCUCGUAUACAAGUGUCGGAAUCGAGAGACCGGUGAGAUAGUCGCCAUCAAGAAGUUUGUGGAGAAUGAAGACGAUCCGCUGAUACGAAAAAUUGCGCUUAGAGAAAUUCGGAUGCUGAAGAACCUGAAACACCCAAACCUCGUGAACCUGAUCGAAGUGUUCCGCCGCAAACGCAAGCUGCAUCUUGUCUUUGAGUACUGCGAUCACACGGUGCUUCAUGAAAUGGAGAAAUACCCAGCUGGCUGUCCCGAGCUCCUGUCAAAGCAGAUUAUAUGGCAGACGCUUCAGGGCGUGGCGUAUUGUCAUAGACACAACUGCAUACAUCGAGAUGUGAAGCCGGAAAACAUUCUGCUGACCAGCGAUGGUGUGGUCAAGUUAUGCGAUUUUGGCUUCGCGAGGAUGAUCAGUCCAGGUGAGAGCUACACGGAUUAUGUGGCGACUCGGUGGUAUCGUGCACCCGAGUUGCUUGUAGGAGAUACUAUGUAUAGCAUGCCAGUUGACGUAUGGGCUAUUGGCUGUGUGUUUGCGGAGCUACUCUCAAGUGAAGCUCUUUGGCCUGGGAAGAGUGACUUGGACCAGCUGUAUUUAAUCAGAAAGACACUUGGAGAUCUCUUGCCGAGGCACAUGACGAUUUUCUCACAGAAUUCUUUUUUUCAAGGCUUGGCAUUACCAGAACCGACAACAGUUGAGACACUGGAGAAGAAAAUCCCAUCUAGAUAUGCGAAUAAUGAAUUGAUAGUCGACUUUUUGAAAAGAUGCUUAGACAAAGACCCAAUGAUGCGUUGGAGUUGCGAGCAGUUGUUACGUCAUCCGAUAUUCGAGAAUUUCCUCUUCACCGUUCCUGCCUCAGAUCAUGAUGAAUACGAGAGGGUUAGACGUCAACAGCAAGAAUUCAAUGCAAAAUCUCGAGCAAUGAACGAAGAAAUGUCUACUCUAGCGACUGACAUUACUGUUUCAAAGAAAAGUAAAGGAAAAUGAGCAUAAAAAAAGCAUUUCCCAUAAUGAGGUACAAUCAUCCCCAUUGUUGCCCCAGCUCAUAGUGAAUGAGAGAAGCCAGCCAAAAGGCAAAAAGACAGACCUGGAUUCAAGAGGACACUUACCGACUAUAUGACUAGCACCAUGGCAUCGUAUUUAAUUAAAAUUAAAUGUUUAUUCUAUUC